ACGACUGAGUAGCGAUCGGCGCCAACAGAUCCUUCCUAAGCCCGGGAGGCCCCAGUGGAGAGGUCUUAGCAAACUCUUCUUAUACCCGUUUGACAACUGGCGAAACUAAGACUCCAAGCGGCAGGAGGUUGCCCACCUUGUUAUUAGCCUGGCUAGGAGGAGGGAAACUGAGGCACCCCAGGAUCUCCAACUCCUCCCUACUGUGCUGCUCAGCUCUUUAAAGAAAAGAGGUGUCCUACUUUGUCCUCAGAUGGCAAAAGGAUUACGAAGAUGCCUUUCAUCAUGACCCUGCCCUUGCCUAAAGUUCCUGGGCUGUUUCACUCUAUUCAACCUCAGCUCACCUUGCGCCAUGGACUGGCAGCCAGAUGAGCAGGGCCUGCAGCAGGUCUUGCAGCUGCUCAAAGACUCGCAGUCGCCAAACACAGCCACGCAGCGCAUCGUGCAGGACAAACUCAAACAACUGAACCAGUUUCCCGACUUCAACAACUACCUGAUCUUUGUCCUGACCAGACUCAAGUCGGAAGAUGAGCCGACUCGGUCCCUCAGCGGUCUCAUCCUCAAGAACAACGUGAAGGCCCAUUACCAGAGUUUUCCGCCACCCGUGGCCGACUUCAUCAAACAGGAGUGUCUCAACAACAUUGGCGAUGCCUCCUCACUUAUCCGAGCCACCAUAGGCAUUCUGAUCACCACCAUCGCUUCCAAGGGCGAGCUGCAGAUGUGGCCCGAGCUGCUGCCCCAGCUGUGCAACCUGCUCAACUCGGAGGAUUACAAUACUUGUGAGGGGGCCUUCGGAGCCCUGCAGAAGAUCUGCGAAGACUCCUCGGAGCUCCUGGACAGCGAUGCCCUCAACAGGCCCCUCAACAUCAUGAUCCCCAAGUUCUUACAGUUCUUCAAGCACUGCAGCCCAAAGAUCCGGUCUCAUGCCAUAGCCUGCGUGAACCAGUUCAUCAUGGACCGGGCCCAGGCGCUGAUGGACAACAUCGACACCUUCAUCGAGCACCUGUUCGCCCUGGCCGUGGACGAUGACCCUGAGGUGCGGAAGAACGUGUGCCGGGCCCUGGUGAUGCUGCUAGAAGUGCGGAUCGAUAGGCUCAUCCCACACAUGCACAGCAUUAUCCAGUACAUGCUGCAGAGGACCCAGGACCACGAUGAGAACGUGGCCCUGGAGGCCUGUGAGUUCUGGCUGACGCUGGCCGAGCAGCCCAUCUGCAAGGAAGUCCUGGCCUCCCACCUGGUCCAGUUGAUCCCCAUCCUGGUAAACGGGAUGAAGUACUCCGAAAUCGACAUCAUUUUGCUCAAGGGGGACGUGGAAGAGGACGAGGCCGUCCCCGACAGCGAGCAGGACAUCAAGCCACGUUUCCAUAAGUCACGCACAGUGACGCUGCCCCAUGAGGCCGAGCGGCCUGAUGGCUCAGAGGAUGCAGAGGAUGAUGACGAUGACGAUGCUUUGUCUGACUGGAAUCUGAGGAAGUGCUCGGCAGCUGCACUGGACGUCCUGGCCAACGUCUUCCGGGAGGAGCUGCUGCCACACCUACUCCCCCUGCUCAAGGGUCUCCUUUUCCACCCCGAGUGGGUGGUCAAGGAGUCAGGCAUCCUGGUGCUGGGUGCCAUCGCGGAGGGCUGCAUGCAGGGCAUGGUGCCCUACCUGCCCGAGCUGAUCCCGCACCUCAUUCAGUGCCUGUCGGACAAGAAGGCCCUGGUCCGCUCCAUCGCCUGCUGGACGCUGAGCCGCUAUGCCCACUGGGUGGUCAGCCAGCCACCCGACAUGCACCUCAAGCCUCUGAUGACGGAGCUGCUCAAGCGCAUCCUGGACGGCAACAAGAGGGUGCAGGAGGCGGCCUGCAGUGCCUUCGCCACCCUGGAGGAGGAGGCCUGCACAGAGCUGGUGCCCUACCUCAGCUACAUCCUGGACACCCUCGUCUUCGCCUUCGGCAAGUACCAGCACAAGAACCUGCUCAUCCUCUACGACGCCAUCGGCACCCUGGCCGACUCUGUGGGCCACCACCUCAACCAGCCGGAAUACAUCCAGAAGCUGAUGCCUCCGCUCAUCCAGAAGUGGAACGAGCUCAAGGACGAAGACAAGGACCUCUUCCCCCUGCUGGAGUGCCUGUCCUCGGUGGCCACCGCCCUGCAGAGCGGCUUCCUGCCUUACUGUGAGCCAGUCUACCAGCGCUGCGUCACCCUGGUGCAGAAGACGCUGGCCCAGGCCAUGAUGUACACCCAGCACCCUGAGCAGUAUGAGGCCCCCGACAAGGACUUCAUGAUCGUGGCGCUGGACCUGCUGAGCGGCCUGGCCGAGGGCCUGGGCGGCCACGUGGAGCAGCUGGUGGCCCGCAGCAACAUCAUGACGCUGCUCUUCCAGUGCAUGCAGGACUCCAUGCCCGAGGUCCGGCAGAGCUCCUUCGCCCUCCUGGGGGAUCUCACCAAAGCCUGCUUCAUCCACGUCAAGCCCUGCAUCGCUGAGUUCAUGCCCAUCCUGGGCACCAACCUGAACCCCGAGUUCAUCUCUGUCUGCAACAACGCCACCUGGGCCAUCGGCGAGAUCUGCAUGCAGAUGGGGGCAGAGAUGCAGCCCUAUGUGCAGAUGGUCCUCAACAACCUGGUGGAGAUCAUCAACCGGCCCAAUACGCCCAAGACGCUGCUGGAAAACACAGCCAUCACCAUCGGCCGCCUGGGCUACGUGUGCCCGCAGGAGGUGGCCCCCAUGCUGCAGCAGUUCAUCCGGCCUUGGUGCACAUCCCUCAGGAACAUCAGGGACAACGAGGAGAAGGACUCAGCCUUCCGAGGCAUCUGCAUGAUGAUAGGCGUCAACCCCGGGGGCGUCGUGCAGGACUUUAUUUUCUUCUGCGACGCCGUAGCCUCCUGGGUGAGCCCGAAGGAUGACCUUCGGGACAUGUUUUAUAAGAUUCUCCAUGGCUUCAAAGACCAAGUCGGGGAGGAGAACUGGCAGCAGUUCUCUGAGCAGUUCCCGCCUCUGCUCAAGGAGAGGCUGGCCGCCUUCUAUGGGGUCUAGAUGAGCCUCGCGACCGCCAGGUUUCUGUCUGCGUCGUUGGAGGGGUUGCUGGGGAGCACGCUGCGUCCGGAAGUCGCCGUGCCCUGGUCAAGGGGGGUUAGGGAGGAGUGAGCGGGACCCGAAUCCAGACGCCUUCCCCGUCCACCUACCUGCCACGGGUGUGUGUGGCCUGCCGGCCAGCGGGCAAGUGGGUGGGGUCUCCACACUCAUCCUACACACAGGGGAGGGGGGUGGGACUUGUUGGCAGCAAGGGCCCUUUGCUCAAUCGGGGUCACCUCGGGCAGCCCACAUGGGCCAGCCUCGCGGGAGGGAAGAUUCAACACGGCCGCCCGAAUCCGGCUUAGGAUGAGGCGAGGGGAAAGCAGGCGGGGAGGGGGGUCCUUGUAGAGACACGUACACUCACAUGUACACACGUGGCCACACGCAUGUGCGGCGCUGCAGCCCGCCAGACUGGGCCAGCCGCCCCACCAUUUCCCCGACUGCAUGGAGACAGUAGAAUUAGUGAACCCCUGAGUUAACCCGUAAGGCCUUCCGUGUAACCUGCAUCUAGAGUUUAAGAAGCUUCUGCUGUUUUGCCAGAAUUGGUGAUUGGGGAGGGCUGGGUGGGUUGGGGGGCCUCCGCCGGGACCCUGGGGCCGGGGGGAGGGGGGAAGAGGACUGCGAUCUUCAGGCCGCCCGCGUCAGCUCGCGCACGCUUCGGCCCUGCUCCGCACACUUCCUGCCAGCUCUGUGGCAUCCACAGCCCGUGUGUCCCCCUCCUUGUUAUGUCCCAGCCAGAAGGGUGGGGACUGCCGGGGUGGCUGAGACUGGCCAGAGGUUGCCCUUUCUCCCCCCUCCCCCACUGUGCUCCAGUGACUUUUGAAGACACUGGGCCAGGACCUUUUUCCUGCAGAGGGCCGGGGGCAGCCAGAGCUGCUGACCUCUCCCCGCUGUGUCUCUCCGUCAGCGAGUCCAUUUCAAAGGUGGUCCAUUCCUCUGCGCUCCUGAGAGCCUUCCUGUCAGGUUCCAGCCUGAGUUUUCACACGAGGGCUGCGGCCGGGGCAUUUAACUGAUGGGGACAGAGGAUGAAAGUUCAGGCUUUGCCAGCAAGAAGGAGGUGAAGGGCUUUGGAAGAGAAGGUGGUCCACCUCCGACCCCACUCUGUCCCUGGGGCUCCCUGUCCUCCUAGCUCCCGGUGGGCUCCAGGACCCCAGCAGAUAGGGGCAGCGAUUCUAGGGAACCUUCUGGGGAUGGUUGGAGAUGCAGUCACAGUGUGGGCGGCACUCCUAGAGGGGCGAGGGGGGCAUGGUCACUUCUCAGUUGGCCUCAGAACUGAACCGGGCCCUGCCGCCCCCUUAGUUUUCCUUUUUCUGCUUCUCUACUUUUUACUUUUCUGGAGGUCCCUUCGGGGAGGUUUUGUGGGGCUUUGACUGGAUUCCUACAUCCUGGGGCUUGUUCCAUUCAUCCCCGCAGGGCCGUGGAUCCAACCCCAUUAUAGCCUUGUGUCUUCUGCCAGACGGGGUCGGGCCCUGCCUCUAUUCCAAGGGGUAGAUGGUGCACAUUCCGUAAACUCAGCUGGCUUCCUUACCCUGUCAAACUCCCGACAGGUCUCUGGAAGCCAUUUGUUUAAAAAAAAAAGGAAAAAAAAAAAAAGAAAAAAAUUAGAUACCAUUGCAUUUUCUGGUAAUCCAGUUCUUCGGAGCAUCCUCUGCUGGGCCUUGGGGUGUGUGGGUGGAGUGACUGUCUGAUGGGAUUGGUAACCCCUUCUCCACCCAGGAAUGGGGGCGCUCCAGCCAUUCAGGGAAGGGGAGCCUGGUUCUAGUUUUCUUUCUUUUCUUCUUUUUUUUUUAAGAAAACUAUUUAAUUUUUUAAUUUAUUUUUGGUUGAUUUUUGCACAACGAAGUUUCAGCUUCUCAACCUUCUCCCCUGCCCAGGGUUGCAGACCCUGACUGGCCUUGAUCUGCAGUUCCUCUUUUUUUCCACAUCCCUCCUUCCCCCGCCCCUCCUCCUACGGGCUCCAGGGUCUGUCCAUUUGUUACUGUGCUGUGCUGGGGAUUGGCGCCGAGGUGGCGUGAGAUUCCACUCGUGUAGAACUUUGUUGAGUAAAGAUCAGUUUCUUGUGAAACCCUUGAUCUCCA